GUGGUUUAUGCGUUUGGACAGCAUAUAAAGUACUCGGUGAGCGAUGUCACUGUGACGUACCUCCGCGAGCCGGUAAUUGAAACGCUGCGGGAGGUGGAUGCCCGGGUGAACGCCGUGUUGUUACAGGAAAGUUGUAUGAGCCGGCUUGCUCAAAUACCCGUUGUGCUCAUCCCAAUUCACUUUGACCGUGAUCCUGCCAACAUGAUGGCCACCUCCUCGAUCCUGCGCUCAGUUGUGCUGAGACCAUUCAUCACUUCCGACUUCAUGACAGGUCUGCCUGCUAAGCCUGGUGCCGAUCUACCGCUUGAGGUCGUUGAUAAGAUGGUGAAGGCAGCCUCAGAGGUGGCUGGGAUUUCGCGUGUCCUCUACGACAUGACAUCAAAGCCACCGGCCACGACCGAGUGGGAGUAG